AACAAGUGAAGUUGACAUAUUUAAAAAGAGAAAUGGAAAUUUUCAACUAGAUGUCAAAUUUUAAAAUCACUUCAGGGCUCACAUCAGUUUAAAGGAUUAAAGCCUUUAUAUAACAGCUCCCAGUGAAGCAGGUUCCUUUCAGAGGCCAUUUGACCUUGCUUCACAAUUCUUUCUUCCAAGUACUCAAGGCUGAGGAGCAUUAAAAGAAGGAACCCUCUGUCUCUCUUUGUACAAAACAUUUUUCCAUUCUUGUUAUCUUUUCUGUGGCACAGUAGCAGUGUUCUUUGCAAUUAUGGCCUAUCAAACUAAGGGAGCAAAACAGCAACCUGCUUGAAAGUUUGCACCCUCUCUCCUUCAGCAACAGAAACAGUGCCUUGAAAAAAGAUCAGCUUAGGUUCUUGCUUUUGGUUAAAUUAUGAAGCGCCUCAGUUCGUCAGGCUCCCUGGAUGCCUUGAUUUCCAUCUGCCCACCUAAAGAGGAGAAGAAUUCAAAGAACAAGCAAGUUUACAGCAGGGAAUUCCAGGCAAUGUUAGAUAGUUUAGAUGAGGAAGACAGUAUAGAAGAAGCUGGCCAAGCUACAGAGAAGAAAAGGCGAUUAUCCAUUGAUCAGGUUAAGGCCCUGGAGAAGAAUUUUGAGGUGGAAAACAAGCUAGAGCCAGAGAGAAAGGUGAAAUUAGCAGAGGAAUUAGGCCUGCAGCCAAGGCAAGUAGCUAUUUGGUUCCAAAAUCGCCGUGCCCGUUGGAAGACUAAGCAGUUGGAGAAAGACUAUGCUAUCCUUAAAGCCAGUUACGAUUCUCUCAAGCUUGACUACAACAAUCUUGAAAAAGAAAAAGAAGCUUUAACUCUAAAGUUAAAAGAGCUGAAAGCUAAGCUCAAAGAAGAGAAUUCAGAAAGCAGCAACUCUGUUAAAGAAGAUUCUCCAAAUUUUCCACAACACGCCAAAGACCAUGAUUUAUGUGGCAAUAAUGAUGAUUCCGAUAGAAUUGUCAAAGAAGAAAGCAAUGUCAAUGCUCAGUUAUUGAUAUCACCAGCUUCUUCUUCUUCUUUUCCAUUUAAUGGAUCUUCUUCAUCUUCAGAUUCAUCAAAUCAUAAAAGCUGGUUUCAACCAUUUGACUCAAGAGUGAUUCUGGGUAACAUGUAUCACCCCCAGUUAGUGAAAGUGGAAGAGCAAUGUAUGCUUACUGCAGAGGAAUUUUGCAAUUUCUUCUCAGUUGAUCAAGCUCCGACUCUUCAAUGGUACUUCACGGGGCAGUAAAAAACGAAUGAAGUCUCCAAAACCCUGAAUAAAAUAGCCUUCAGAAGUUUUGUAAUUAGGACUUAAGUUUUGUUCUUCUAUUGUUCUUUCCUAAAAAAGGUUAGUAUAUGCUUCAACAAUGAUCAUCAGCAAAAGUCUGCUGUAAACUUUAUAGUAGUAUAAACAAAAAAAAAAAGUUGUAAAAUGAUAUCUCAAGAUGAAGCCUUUACAAUAAGAAUAAGCUGCCAAUUACUUCAUGUUGUA